GCAGGUACGUUUGUCUGGCAUGGCAGCCGUGCACACGACCUUCGGUUACUUCCCGAGCAUUCACAAUUCUGACAGAGAUCGUUUGAUGUCGAAACAUUCGAACUAUUCUUGCCCUUUCUAAUUAGUAAUUAUAUUUUCCUGGAAGGCUAGGGUGUUUGGUAGCCGGGAAAAAUAAAUGAAAAAAAAAUAAUGCAAAAAAUGGCGCAAGGAUGGUUCUCAGGGAGCAGUAAUGGCGAAGACCAGCAGAAACCCUCGUCUUCUCUGCUAGCCGAUUGGAAUUCCUAUGCGGCCUCACAAGAUUCAGAGGAUAGUUCUGAUCUGGGCCUGGGUUUCGAUCUCGAAGCUGCGGUCAGGUCCGCUAACGACACAGUCUCUGGCACUUUCAAUGUGUAUUCUAAAGGAGUGAGAGAUAUACCCGGGAAUCUACAGUCUGCCGCUAGUAGUAUUCCUUCAGGAAAAGCACUUAUGUAUUUUGGUUUGCUUCUGGCAACUGGGGUUUUCUUUGUUUUCAUCGCAUUUACCAUGUUCCUUCCAGUCAUGGUGCUGAUGCCCCAGAAAUUUGCUAUAUGCUUUACCCUUGGGUGUGGCUUUAUCAUUGGGUCGUUCUUUGCACUCAGGGGUCCAUCAAAUCAGCUCGCUCACAUGUCGUCGAAGGAGAGGCUACCUCUUACAUUGGGAUUUAUCUGCAGCAUGGCGGGUACCAUAUAUGUAUCCAUGGUGCUUCACAGCUACAUACUCUCUGUGCUUUUCUCUGUGAUACAGGUUCUUGCACUCCUGUACUACGCAAUUUCAUACUUUCCUGGUGGAUCUGCUGGGAUGAAGUUUCUCUCAUCUGCCCUUACCUCUUCAGUAAUGAAAUGUUUUGGGAGGUGAUCCGGACCUUUUGUUUAUAUUGUUGCCGAUCUGGUAAACGAAGGUAGCAUGUUUUUGGUUAUUCAUUUUCAUCAACGUGCAAUCGAGGAAUUUGGUGGAGUAAUUUCUGCAAACAGUUGAUGGCUAUAUGAAUGUAUUGAAAUUAGUUGAUGUCCAACUA